UACCAGUGGUCGGCUGCUAAUGCUUUCCAAGUUUGGCAUCAAUACGUCACACUUGUUUCUAUUCUAACUGGGAAGUAUUCAAAAUGGCGUCAUGACUGGAUUAAAUUCGACGCCGUCUUCGUUUGUAAGCGCUAAACUCGCGAAAGACACCACCCACAGCGGAAUAAAAUGGUUUAUAUAAACAGACAGUUCCUUGUAUGUUCAAGUUGACAACAUUUCGAUGAACAAUGGGAGCUGCUCACAGUAAAAGACAAAAAUAUAAACGUAAGAAAGAAGAGGUUGAUGACUCGUUAUAUCGAGAUUUAGAGCGAUUGCGAAGUUUGUCAAAAACGAGAUUAAAUCGUUUAUCGGCAGACAUCGAAAACAUGAAUACAGCAGAUUAUUUACCCCAUGAAUAUAAAAUGUGUGAUUCAGUCGAGGAAAGUAGUGUUCCUACAGUAACAGAUCAUCCCACAAUUCAGCAUAAUAUCAACUUGAAAUACCCACAAAGUGUUCGACAUAUAAGCCUGGAUGAUCACCCAGUGCUUACUAAACUACAAAAUAAACAAAACGCCAGACUGGAAAGUAUGGAACAGCGUAUGGAAAGAAUUCGAACAAAUGCAAUGCAAGCCGCAGAGAGACGUAAAUUUGCACACAUGUUUAAAGCCAAAAACGAUGUGGAUCGAACAAACGAAUUACUUAAAGAAGCAACCAAUGCAUUGGAGGAGAUGAAACGCCAGCAGAAACAAAAUAGAACUUUAACGGAGCACGGUGAUCAAGGGGAGAUUAUUCCCGUUAAAAUAUUACAGAAAGAUUAUGACCAGGGUGACCAGGGCAAGAAGAAACAUGUGAAUGUUUAUCAAGAUGAUCAGACUUUACUUAUAGGUGGUCUUAGACUUAAUGAUCCAAUCACAUGGCUACUUCUUCCUCUAAUGCUUCCAAUCGUUUUAAUUGUGUACCUGAUGCGUGGAAUAAUGACACAUCACCCGAACAGGAAAAAACAGAGUUCCCCCGCUAGAUAAAUAGCGCUACAGCUCCACAAGGCCUUAUGAACAAUGUUUAUUGUCACAAAUAGUGCUAUAUAUCGAUUAUUCUUAUUUUAUUUGACAACUCUUGUUGUUUAUAUAUCUAUAUGUAUAUAUAUAUAUAUAUGGUUAAUUAUUUUGUAGUGGUUUCGAAAUUAGGAAAUACACAGGCUGGAGCUAUCUCCCUAUAGCUAUCCAUUAAGUAAGUAAGUCAUCAAAUUUAUGUGUAGAUCUAGGCUUGGUUUAUCUACAUGGUUAAAUGCUAUAUUAGUGUUAGGUGUAUUUAACAUUUUGUGUUUGUUAAACUUAAACCACAAAUAAACAAACUUUUGUCAGAUCCAUUUUAUGGGUACUUUCAAUAAGUAGGAAUACAGAUCUGAUAUAGAUAUUAAUAAUCCCUUGAUAAAUUAUAUGCUCUUUCACAUAGAUAUGAAAAAGCCAUUCAAAUCAAAUCUGAAGAUCUAACUUUUAGAAAAGUAUUUAUGACCAGAAUACAUUUUGAUUUACUAGUAAUCUUGAUACCAUCAGUUGGUUCUUUAAGAUCAAACUAUUUGAAUAUGUCCGUACACUUGGACCUCAGUGUAGUUGGGGUUUACUGGAUGAGUUUCAGUAAAAAUCAUCUACUCUGGAGGUAGAGUUAUUGACACUCAAGUGUAAUGAUGAUCGGAACCAGGCAUAAAAUACAUGUAUCCUAAAGGUCCUUCUUGGCCAACGUUGAGAUUUAAUCCCCUGGGCACUGUAGUACUUCUUGUGUACUGACGGCUAACUUAUUACCAUGUAGGAGAUUAACCCAGUGUGUAGCUAAGUGUGUUACAAAGUCUUGAAGUGUCUUCUUUUAUACUUUUUAUAAUCAAAGGUAACUUGAUGUCAAAAAUCAUAUUUUCUGGUCAAAAAUAAAUGUGGUGAAAAGUUCUAGUCAAAGUUAUCAACAUGGUGCUAUGAUGUAAAUGUUAAUGGUCACUAUGUGUGUGACUGCUAAAUUUAGCUUAUCUUGGUCUUGCUUUCAGUCUAGUACUAAUAUUAGCUAGGUACAGUAAUUGUUGUAUUAUUCACGUGAUGACAGAGACUAAACAUCAUGUCAACAAUUUUAUUACAAACACCAUGUGGAGCCAAUCAAAUACUGAGUUUGACGGUAAUCAGACAAAGUUAUGUAGAUAGAACAAAAUAUCUUAAUGGAAAACAUGAUAAUUCAUGAGAUCAACAUUAUGUAAUUUUGUUUUAAAUUUUAAAUCUGGCAAAAUAUUUAGCAAAAUAUUUAGCAAAAUAUAGACCUUUCUUUAUCAAGGCUAGUUAACAUAUUGAACUAAUUGGAAGACCGAAAUAGAUAUAGCUGUGUAUAGUAUUUAUUUAAAGCCAUGACUAAAAAUAUUUUGUUUGAGAUUAUAUUGUAAUUAAAUGAAUUACAUGCAUAAUAUUAUAUAAGUACAUUUAUAUGUUGAUUUUUAAUGUCAUUUAUAAUCCUACUAAAGUUGAUUUGGCCUAGAUCUAAUAUCUUUUUCUGAAGACAUGAUUAACCAGAUUUCUUUAUUAGCAAUAUAUGGAUGGUUAAUUACCUUUAAAACAGGACUAGUUUCAGCUGUAUCAUGAUUGGAUGAAAUUUGCAGUACUAUAAUAUCGUUUCAGCCAAUCAGAUAUAUUUGACCUAUCUGAUGGGUUAAAUGUCCAUUCUUGAUAUUUUUGCCUCUGCUAUUAAGGGAAAACUGGUUUUAACCUUCUACAGCUUUUUGUUAAUUAUGAAAUGUUAAAUCUUGUGAAUAUAUAAAUAUUAUAAUAUGGUAUAUGUAGAAUGUAAGUUAAAAUUUAGACGACUUGUAUUAUAACUUAGAUACGGGUCUUAAUUAUUAAUUCUUAUUGUUUCAUUUUGUUGUGUAGGGUCGCGGGAAUUUGACGGUUGUAUUCAUGUGAAGUCUGAUAUAAUAAACUUACGUCAAAACUUCAUUGAUUGUAAACUUUUAUUUUUAUUUGAGGUUUUAAUUUCCUUUUCAUUUGAUUUUUGACAAAUCCAAGCAUUGUGAUGGUCUAUUUGGGCCUCUUAAAAUAUAAAGAAAGUUUAAAUAUAUUAUUGGUAUUCUGGAUACAACCCUAACUUUUACGAGACUACAUGUUUGUAAAUUAAGGUAGUCGAGUCUAGUCGACUUACUCUUUUAUUUUGUAUAAAAAUAACAAUAGUUUUAUAGAACAUCAUCCCUCAUUUCCUUUAAUCUUAAAACUUUCCAUUUAUAAAUAGCUAAGGGAGCGUAACACUAUUUAUUGACAAUCCACCCACCAACAAAAUGAGAAUAUUUUUAUUUGUUAACCUAUCAGUUGUAGAAAUUGAAUCAACAUCCAUUUCUAUAACUGGUCGGAUUGUUGAAUAAGUUUUUUCACAUACAGCAGUAGAUUUUUCUCCAACAAGCUUAUGCAAAAAUGCAGAACUCUUUUUAAAGCAGAACUACACAAAUAGCUCAUUUCAGAAAAAUAUAUUAAUCUAUCUGUUAGUCUCAAUAAUCCAGUCCUAUAGUUAAAUUCAAAUUCUUGAAAUCGAAAGAAUGGUUUAGCAAGACUAUCCCAUUUCCUGAAGUUAAUUUAUAUGGAAAAGACUUAACCAGAAUAUUAGUGAUAUUAGUCAUUAUAUGUUUUAUCAUUUACAGAUUUAAUAACCUCUGAAAAUAAAUCAUAUACAUGUAUAUACAAUUUGUUAUAGACACAAGAAAUUCAGAUAUCAAUAUAUAUAUAUAUAUUUGGAUGGCUUACAUCUGUAUUGGCUAUGGCUUAACUGAUAUUAAUAUAUAUGUUGUCCCUUGGCAGAUAUUGUUUUUGUAUUACAAAAGAUUAAAACAUUAUAUGUAGGACUACAGCCAUAUGUCCUAGUUUUAGGGACAAAAGGAUGAGACAUUAAAGAAAUAGGAGAGAUCUGCAGCAAUGAGCAGCAGCACUAGAGCAGACAUGAAGUUGUGAUGAAGCAGAUUGUAGUUUAUAUAAAAGUAUAUGCUAGCCUCAAAUUUGUCACUUAUUUACUUGUCUUGCCUACAGGAGGGUUCGUGAUUGUCCCUAACAGACAAAUGACAUCCCUAAUUUAGAAAGAAAAUGAAAUGUGUUUAUUUAUUUUAAAAAGUAUCUAUUAAAAUCAGUAUUAACUGUAGUGUAAUAAUUCAGUUUAUUUUAUUUUGUUUUAUAUAUUUUUUUAAUUCAUAUUUAAAUUAUUUUAAUACUGUUUACUGAAUACAUCUAUUAUUUUGUUGGCAACAGGACUGCAGAAUUUCAUGCAGUAAAUUUUAAGUUUUGAAAGGACAUGCACCUUCUGAUUUGGGAGAAAAAUUGAAAUUAUUGACGUUUUGGUCUGUUUUAAGAGAUGUUUCUCGUUUUUUAACAUACCAAGGUUAAACCAAUGUUGUGAGAUUGAGAUAUGUAAAAUCAACACCUUUAAGGUUUGGAGUUAGUUAAAUGUGUAUCAUUUUGCUUCUGUAUUUAUUUCGAAUGAAGCAUUGGAUACACAAUGGUGUCCAGGUUUAUUUUACCCAUUUAAAAAAACCUGACAGGAUUCAAACCAUGUUUUAAGGUUCACCAAAGUGGGCCUGAUUUAAGCCAUGUUGCAAGGCUGAACUUUAGCCUUGCUAUAAAGUGAACCUAUUUUAGCCAUGUUAUUAAGUGAGCCUAUUUUAAGCCAUGUUAUAAAGUGAGCCUAAUUUAAGCCAUGUUAUAAGAAAUUGUAUCUGCAUGUAUUGUAUAUUUUGAUUGAAUAAAAUUACAUUGUUUCUAGUCAUAAAACAA